AUGUCAAACUCUACUGCCAACAGUACCCUGCUCGCGCCUGAGGACAUGCCCGAUGAAAGUAAUCAAUUCGUCCCUGAGAAAUGGUUCACCGACCAACUCCAAGCCUAUAAAUACCACACAACAGAAAUCGACGUACUGAAGAACUACCAUGACAAGCGCUUGACAGCCACCGAGGCGGCCUACCUAUUCACUCGGCCUCUCACAAUUGAGCCAACCUCGGAUCACAGAAGAUCGCUUAUGAGAAACGAGCUCCACAUCGUGAUGAGUUUACUCGUUUGUGCUCUGUGCGAGUGGCCAUUGGCCCGCACGCCUGAUCUCAUCGACUUUCUCCAAGCGUUUGAAAGUCUACAGGAUGGACCUCAUGAGAGCAUGGUACACGGAAACAAAGGACUGGAGUGGAAAGAUCUGCCCUACCUGGAUCCAAUCUGGCGGAAUGACUACUGCUGGGAAGUUCCUGGCUGUGUAGCAGAAAUCUACUACCAGCAUCCUGAGAGGCGCGACCAUGAGAUAGCGCAGUACUUGAAGAAACAAGAUGUCUGGGCUCAACUCGUCGCUGCCGGAUUCUUCACGAGUACAGAUGCAUACCUUCGUGUCCUCUGGGCACUCGAACAGAGACCUGAGUUAAACGACACCAUGCAUCUCUACGACAGAAUAAUACCCGAGCUGCACGUCCCUGCCGCAGCCAGUUGGAUUCGUACCAUGGGAAGAACGUUCUACGAGGAUGCUAUCAACGGAAAGAUGCUGGAUAACUUCGCGAUGUUGAAACCCCCUUCCCCAAAGAUGGCUCUCAAUUGCGAUCACAUGUGCAAGGAUCGCUGGGCUUUCUGGGAAANUGGCAAGAGGCACAACGAGUAUGUCUCGAAGGAGACAAAGGCUACGGUCGAGCAUAUGCAAGCAGUGGUCAAGGCUUGGGAGAUGGAGAAUGAGUCAAUCGCCGGCUAA